AUCAUUGCCAUCUCUACAGGACCGAAUACCCUUGAUGGAAGAACUUUUUUACAAAAUAUUGUAAUAGCUGUCUAAUGCAUUUUACUAUUACAUGUAUGAGACUAUAACUUGCUCAUCUUUCUGAUAAUAUCGAACCUUGUUGAUGUAGAUAACUGAAGAGCUUCAUUAUCAACAGCAUUUUUGUAAGAGCAAAGAGUGACAAAGUAUGUUGUAUCUGUACAGUUUCAUGUAGAUCAACCAUUUAAAAUUGACAAAAACUUGGCUGAUAAAGGUGAUGGUCGAAUAUCACAAUUAUUGGAAAAUAAUCGUAUGUGAAAAUCAAUAUGCCCAUGGUCAUUUAGUUGUAUCACGUCUAUUAAGGAAGCCUUACCCUGGUCUGCAUAAUCAACUUUGUUCCUAUAUUGUACAGAGCUUGAAUUCAUUUGACGUAGAAAGAAUGAGAAUCUAAAAAGAUCUUUCAAUUUGUAGCAGAGUUGAUGAUCAUUUUUGUAAAUUAUUCACUGAAAAUCAGUAUUUCGUACCCUUGCUUUUUGAGGUCAUAUGCAUGGUUAUUUUGUCAUAGCUUGUAUAUUCUGAGUCACUUGUUUUCUCAAAAUGGAUUCAUAUUUUUCAUAGCAAUGACCUUAAUAUUCGACAUUCAACAAAACCAGAACAAAGCGAGUUUGUAUUCUUCUUUCUGUAACUGAUUUGUAGUAUACAUACAUUCCGUUGGAUGUAAGUGGUCCAAUAUUCUCUGCUAGAUAUUAUUGUCAGGUACAUUAAAGACUUUGCAUUUCCAUUUUCAUAACAAUAUUCUGUUCUUAUUUUCCGUUUGUAUUUUUCUGAAAAUUUGUCUGCAUAAAGUCUUUUUAAUGUUUUGCUAUAUAUUCAAAUCCAGGUUAAGUAGUUUUUUCAUGUAAACGAAUCAAAAAUGGGAUACAGCAUUGUAAUUAAUUGCUCCAACUCUUGUUUUUACUUAUAUAACAUUAUAUAUUCACCGGCUACGCUUAUAGGGAUUCUCAGGAUUUUACUAAACAGAAAGCAGUUUACUUCAGUUCUGAAGUUUAUUGUCUUACAAUCUUUCUUCAGUAGCUGUUCUACUUUCUUCAACAAUUCAUGUAUCAAGUUUAUACCAGUCUACUUUUGAAUAACGUUUCUUCAAUACUCGCUAACUACCGUGGGAUUAAUUUGUGGGUUGUGAGCAGAUUAUUUAUUUCCUUUUUUCUAUUCAUCACCGAUGCCAGCAUGUGGCAAAUGUGUCUCAUCCAAUCUUGUGUAUUUUUUUAAUUUUCAUAUCAAAGUGGAUGAUAUUACCAGUACAUUUAAAAAUCAAUGUGUUAUGUAACUCAAAUAAGAAUUUCUCAAAACACAAAUGCUUCAUCUAUGUCAUGAGAUAAGGUAUCAUGUGAUAAGAAAAUUUUUGAUAAUAAAUGAUAGCAAGCACAGUAGUGAAUCAACCGUCAACAUUAAUUACAUUUACUUGCAGCUGUGUGGCUACUUUUUGUAAGAGUCAGCAAUUGAGCAUAACUUAUCAAAAUUGCACUGGAGCCAUGUUCAGACACUGUUCGAAAAUAAAACUGCUCCUCCCAUGACUCACAUUGCGUUUCUGAAAAUGAGCAAUUCGUAGAAAUAUACCAAUGAUGAACAGUCCCAGCUUGAAUUGUGACACUGAUGUACAUAUUGGAACCAUAAUUUAAUUCUUCAUAUACAUACAUAUAUAUUUCAAUAUGAGCGUACAAAAAAAAAAAAAUAAAUUUAUGACAGAGAUAAACAGUAAUUGCGAGUACGCAGAAAUGUUGUUAAUUUAAUUGUAAUUCGGAUAAUUAACUGAUAUUAACUGUCUGUAUCAAUGAUAAACAUUCUGCUUUCUUGGAUAAGUUUUGGACUUGAUUAGUUUCUUUGUGAUUUCAUGAAACCUUCAUCAGAUGCAGUAGGCCAAGGUCAAGUUAUCAAAGCCUUAAUGAGUAUGAAACAUGUAAAUGUUGAGAAGAUUGACCUUGGUCAACUGACCACAUUUUUUACGAUCAACCCGCAAACUCGCUUCCUAUCAGAGGAAAUGUUGUUGAUCGUUAUCACUCAAUGUCAAACCUCAACGAAUUUGUAAUAGAAGUUGGUAUGUUCUAUUGAGGAAGUUUUGUUGUAAACUUUAUUCAAUUCAUAGUCAGUGACCUAGUAGUCUCAUUUAACGUUCAUAAAUUCUUUGCAAGUAGUAAUUACUGAUACCUGCUCUUAUCGCAUUAAACUCACAUGACUCAAGAUAUAAAUAACAUAUGAAUAUUUGGUCAACGCAACAGUAAUUUGCACCUCAAUUAGCUUGCUAGACAACAUUUACUCAGCUUGUUAUGACGGUUUCGUUAUUCAGACUUAUUGGUAGAGCAGUUGUUACCAGACAGUUGCUGCGUAUGGCUCUCAAGAGGAAGAUCUUAUUAGAAUUGUUCUUGUUCUCUAUAGUUGUUCAAUAUUUCUUUUCCAAAGCAUACUACCGUUCAUAUUUUUUUUUGUCUUUUGUCAAAUACUUCAAUAUCAAGUAAAUUUACUGAAAUUGAAUAAUGAAUGUUACUUAUGUGGAUGAACUAAUCAGUGCUCGAACAAUGGAUUUCCGUAAUCGAUCUCAAACAGAGGACCUCGAAUAUGAGCCAAUGGUAGAAAAAAUGCGGAGACAAGGGCAGGAUGUGAUGCAGGUGAAUCUAGCGGGUAUCAGACGAGAUAUCAAAAAUCUGGCUCAUAAUUACAGUGACGCACAGAAAGCUGUGCGCAAGGCUACAAGCAAUGAUCCUUGGGGUCCGAGCAGUACUCUUAUGGCAGAAAUUGCUGACUUGACCUAUAACGUUGUAGCGUUUACAGAGAUUAUGCAAAUGCUUUGGAAGCGACUUAACGAUCAUGGAAAGAAUUGGAGGCACGUCUAUAAAGCAUUAGUUCUAUUGGAAUAUUUGAUUAAAACUGGUACAGAAAAAGUUGCUCAUCAAUGCAAAGAAAACAUCUUUUCCAUCCAGACGCUCAAAGAUUUUCAAUACAUGGAAGGUGCGAAGGACCAAGGAAUUAAUGUGAGAGAAAAAGCUAAGCAGUUAGUAGCACUGUUACGAGAUGAUGAAAGAUUGAGGAACGAAAGAGCUCGAGCAUUAAAGGCCAAAGAAAGAUUUGCACAAUCUCUCAGUGGUUUUGGCAGCGAUGGAUUAGAUACAAUGUCUCCAAUGAGCAGUGACUUCCAAGACUGGGAGCCAUGUCAACUCUCUGAAACCGCAUCUAAACCUGAGCUGGAAGCUGCCAGGCCACAAACUGUGGGUGAAGAGGAAUUGCAACUGCAACUAGCUCUUGCAAUGUCAAGAGAAGAAGCUGAACAAGAAGAACAGAGGCGGCGCAGCGACGAUGUGAGAUUACAAUUAGCUUUAAGCCAGAGUCAACAGGAUUUCAAAUUACCCUUAUCGGACAAACCAAGUCAUGUACUCGACCUACUAGAUGUCAACUUGGGAGAGGCUAGUGGAACAUCUGCGCAGGUUGAUCCAUGGGGAGUACCAACAGCAGCACCUCCACCACGGCCACAGUCACUGGACAUAUCUUACUUUUGUAACAUGGAGCCACACACUGAUCCAUGGACUGUACCGACGAGUAGUGCUUCGCCCCCAGUUGACCCUUGGGCUCCAGUUCCUCCACAAAGACCGAGAUCAUCAGCUGCUGCGGUAGAUCCAUGGAGAGCUCCUGUAUCAUCUCCAGCAACAGUAGCUCCUCGUGCGGUUGAUCCAUGGUCUCCCUCUUCUGGUGCUGAAGCCUCGGCACUUGCUACUCCAUCUCCAUCUUUCAAUAAUCCUACUUUGACUCAAAACAUUGGAUUUACGGCACAAUCUCCCCAAAAUAUUGGCUUCAAUUUACCCACCUCGAAUAUUGGCUUUACCAAUCAGACUAAUGGCUUUAAUGGAAGUGGGACUGGAUUUAAUGACUUCAAUACACAAAAUCAACAAAAUUCUGUAGCAAGCCCACUAGGAGAUUUGGACGAAUUUGACAUCAUCAGUAAUAGAAGCAAGCUGGGUACCAGUCCUUUACCUAAUAAUGGAAUGAAUAAUAACAGAACUACAAUGUCACCGGACCCAUUUGACCUUGGAGGCCUUGGUGACAAUCUUUCUGCAAGUACAGGAGCCGUUAAGAAAACUCCUCAAUCAUUUCUUGGAGAAAAUUCAGCUCUCGUCAAUUUAGAUAACCUUGUCAGUACCUCUGCGAUCAAACCUGCAGCUCCAGCUCCCGCAGCAGCAACGCCACCUCCUCGUCCCACAAUCAAUCAAAUUCGACAGGACCCUUGGGCAGGUACCACAGCCAAUCCAUUUCUUUCGUAGCGCAGUUGACUAAUGAAUGUGAACCAAUGAUCGAAACACAUCAUGUAAAAGAUAAUUAGGAUCACAUUGGGGAGCUUCGCUAGACAAGAUACAAUUUGAGAUAUGGUAUGGAUUUAUAUUUUAUGAUACAUCAAAUGAAUGGACUGAAUUAGCAUCGUAAAGCCUGAAGUUUAGGGUGUGACAUCAUUCAGUUUUUCUCAGUGACAACCUAUUAUGCAACUAAUAUUGUUUAAUCGGCCAAAUAUAGAUUAUUCUAGUAAUCUUAUGUUACUGUACACGUGAAUCAAAGCUGAAAAUGAACAGUUUGGUAUAGAAUUUAUUCCGAUCCAUAUAAUCAGCUGGGAUAUUCAUGAUUGUAGUAACAUAUUGUCGUUACGAAUAUUAUUUGUGUAUGGUAAGUAGUAUCAUGAUAUGAGAGGGAAAAAUCAACUCAUAAGAUGAUGUUAUUUAUCGAUAUUAGCUGCAAAAAGAACAAGUUGAAAAAUGUCACAUCAAGUUAAUCAUAUGCUUCUAAAAUAUGAUCGGCAGAUGAUAUAGAGAAGGAGGUUGAUAUUUUAAUACGCGCGUCAAAUCUGCAUUGUGUCAAGUAAUGAGAGAGUAUUUUUAUCCUUACCAGGUAGUGCUGGUACAGAAUAUAUUUCUCACUAGGUAUAAUUUUUUUUUUUCUCAAAUAAUCGUGUUAUAUAUAUGCGUCCAUGUACCAACCUAUAUGUACUAUGUACCUAUGUAUAGAUGUAAACGGAAAAUCUUUUUUAUCGAGUGAAAUAUUGAUUGUAGGAUGCUAUCUUCAUCACAUUUUUCUUUUGAUUAUUGUUGAAUAGCAUGCCAUCUUUGGGUGAUUUCCUUGAUUCUUUUUUGGUGCGGUACCACAGGUAUUAAUGAUGCUAUGCAGAUUUGAAAUUAUUUCCUUUUUAGCAAAUGACUUCGUAUAAAUUAUAUUGAACACCGACACUCCAAAGCAAUGAACGUUAUUUAGAUUAUUUCAAGAUUUUGAUGCCAAGAGAUCAUUUUAUAUAAUGACGAUCUUUAUUUUUUGUUAAUAGACUGAUAUAGUUACUUUUCGACUGGUCGGAGGUUUAUACUUAUAUCUACAAAUAUUUCGGGUCUGUAUAAAUUGAAUGGAUAUUGACACACUUGCAAAGGAUAUUUCUGAUAAUACUAUCAAUCAAAUGAACACAUGAACUUUGUAGAAUAUAUUUUGGAGUGCGGUAAUAUCAAACUGGAUUAACAUAAUAGAGGACCAGCUUAAUUCAUGUCUCAUUGUCAAUCAAAUUCUUAUCGUUUUGUGGAAGUCUAAGUUCAGCAGUCAGAUAUAUUGUCAAUUGUACCGUAAUUAUUAAGACAUCAUGGAAUUUGGAAAUUCAGUUGAUAUGCAAGAGAAGCCUUAGAAGUGAAAACCGAACUUCAAGAUUAUUUAUUUAUCGAUCUUAGCAUUGACCGUUAGACUCAGUCAUCUUUCACAAACAUAAAUGAGAAAAAUUGAAAAAAAUGAAUAAAUAACAAUAAAAAAUAUGAAAAUGAUCGAAAAAAACAAAUCAAUUAAUAAACAGAUGAAUACAUACAAUAAACUCUAUCCUAAUUUAUUUCUCGGUUUUGAGUUUUACAAUUUUUCCGCAAAGUGAAGAAAAAAAUUGUAAAUAUGUUAUUGCAUGUUAAUCCCUUAAUACUUUGUUUAUACAUGUAACUAUUACAACAACAAUAAUUUUAAAUGAAAUAUAAAUAAAGGUAUCGUGAUCCUGGUUUUUGGACUUGGUAUUUUCACAGAAGAAUUGACGUCUGUUACCAGGUAGACGAUAGAUCGUUUAUUUGGUUGCUCUUCAAUUUGCAUGCAUAACGUGAACAGUAUUUAUUGUUUUGAAUGUUUUGAAUGUAAAGCGACACGAGAUACGAAUUAUUUUGCAUUUAAUUAUUAGAGAAAUAUACAUAUAUUAUGUCUUUACUUAUAUGAGUUGAAGAUUAAAUUUAUUCUACUGUA